AUGUCAAAUUGUGAGAGCUCCACCGACCAGGCCAUCAUUCUCCUGGCAAGUUUGGGCUUCCUCAAAACCUUGGAGAUAGGGCAGUCGGUAUGUACUACUACUGGGUGGAUGGCCUGGUCGGUGGAGCUCUCACAAUUUGACAUCACCUACAGGCCGAGAGGGCCGAUCAAAGCCCAAUGCCUGGUGGACUUCGUCAACGAGCUACACCCACACAGCUACUUUGAGGAGCAAUGGUGGAUCCUACAUGUAGACGGUUCCUCAAACCGCCAGGGGAGUGGGGCGGGGGUGAUCUUAGAAGGACCGAGGGGGAUAACCCUGGAACAGUCAUUACGCUUCAGAUUCAAAGCCUCCAACAACCAAGCCGAAUAUGAGGCUCUGCUCACCGGCCUAAGACUAGCCGAAGACAUGGGAGCUUCGAGAAUCAAAUGCCUGACUGAUUCCAAAGUGGUGGCCGAACAAGUCGGUGGGAGCUUUCAAGUGAAAGACCACAACAUGAUUAGAUACUACCACGCCUAUCAAAAGUUAAAGACAAAAUUCCAAGAGGUGCUGGUCGAGCACAUCCCACGCGAAAACAACGCACGAGCCGACCAAUUGGCCAGAUUGGCGGCAACCAAAAAGCUGGGCCAACAGAGAACAAUUAUCCAACAAGAAAUCAGUCACCCGAGUGUGGAUGAGGAAAUGAUAGCAACUGUUGACACCGACCAGAAUGACCAUAAUAACCCCUCCGACUGGAGGGAUAAAAUCAAGGCCUUCAUCAACGAUAGCGCGCUUCCAGCCGAUCCCACCGAAGCCAAGAGAAUAAGAACACAGGCCAGCCGAUACGUCAUCAUCGCGGGUCUGUUGUAUAGGCGCGACUUUUCCACCCCCCUGCUCAAGUGUUUAGCUCCGACCGAAGCCGAAUACGUGAUACGAGAAGUUCACGAGGGGAUUUGUGGAACUCACUCGGGAGCAAGAACGACCGUCGCAAAGAUACUGCGAGCCGGAUACUACUGGCCGACCAUGAACACCGAUUGCGACACAUUUGUGAAGAAGUGUCAGCCAUGUCAGAAACACAGCAACCUGAUCCACCAACCGGCCGAGCAACUACAUUGCAUUCCUCCUGCAUGGUCGUUCGCCACGUGGGGGGCCGAUAUACUCGGACCCUUCCCGACUGCUAAAGGACAGUGCAAGUUCCUUAUCGUGGCUGUGGACCUCUUCACCAAAUGGAUCGAAGCCAAACCCCUAGCAUGUAUCUCGGCCCAUCAGGUGCAAAAAUUUCUAUGGAAGAAUGUCAUCACCCGGUUCGGCGUCCCGCACACUCUUUUAACCGACAACGGCCUACAGUUCGCUGACCGAAAGCUAAACGAGUUCCUAGCCGACUUAGGAGUACAACACAAGGUUACAUCAGUCGAGCACCCACAGACGAACGGUCAAGCCGAGUCGGCUAACAAGGUCAUCCUUGCAGAAUUGAAAAAACGGCUAGGGGAAGCAAAGGGGGCAUGGGCCGAGCAAUUACCCGAGGUGUUAUGGGCCUAUCGGUGCACCCCCCCCAGUCGACCACCCAAGAAACACCUUUUCGUCUAG